AUGUGUGCUGUUAUAGAUUCCAAUCAGUCUCUUGUUACGAGUGAAAGAGAAACUCAGCAGUUUACUUCUGCGGAUACACAUAAUGAUUGCGAUACUGAACAUUACCAUGAAGAAACAGAGUUUUCUCUUAUACAUUAUAUAAACUGUGAUGAAUUAUUAAACGCAGUUGCAGUUAACUUCAAGUCACACUCGAGGCAUGAAAAGUUCGAUCAAAAGGUUGAACGUAUAAGAGAACGCAUCAAAGAUACCCCAGACUUUUUAUUCCGUGUACAAACUGAUGGAUCACUUACAUUGUGGGGAAUACAG